AGCUUUCUAUAAUUCAAGCCUGGAAGCUCUUCCCGGGAAAACAUCCAUUUCUUUUGGGCCUCAGGGCUCUUCUAGAAACCACUAUGCAAAUUAUAUAUACCAAAUCGAGAAACAAUUUUAAAAAUAAUAACCACUCCUUGCCUGCAAUUUGACAGAAUUAAGAUAUAGACAAAGGAAGCUGCUGAGCAACUUCGAACCACCUUUCUUAUCCCAGUAAUUUCUUUUUAUUGGCUACGUUGAGAUUUCUCCAUCCAUUUUAUGUGGGUUGUUUUUCCCCUCUGAAUUUCUAAUGCUUAAAAAAAUACAAGUAUUUCAACAGAUGACGCUUUUGUUAUUGAAAAGCCAGAUUAAUAGAGUUGCUUUUGGUUUAGUCGCAUGACAUUCCAGAGAAGAGGGUGCAUCAUUUCCCAUGCAAUCGUAAGCGACACAAUUAUACCAUCAAAUGAUCUUGAUGCAUACGUGGACGGUUCAGAUGCGAGUUCUUCCUAACAUCCAAGGGCCGUAGAACUCAUUCACACUUCUUUUCUGAUUUUUGCUUCUACGAUUUGCAUAAACAGGAAUCCUUUUUUUUAACCUUUGAAAUUGUAAACAUAAACGCAAAUUCGUUCCUUUUAACGCUUACACGCAACAAUACAUUGCUUUCCUCAUCCCUGAUAGAAUCCCUCAAGAGUUAAGUAGCUAAUAAGGCAAAGACACAGAGAGAGAAAAUGCCAGGCGAUAGGAAGAUAGGCGUGGCUAUGGACUUCUCGCAGAGCAGCAAGCAAGCUCUGAAAUGGGCCAUCGAUAACUUGGCAGACAAAGGGGACCCUCUUUAUAUCAUCCAUGUCAAUCCCAGCUCUCUUGACAAGUCUCGUAAUCAACUCUGGGCCAAGUCUGGUUCUCCUCUCAUUCCUCUGGCUCAGUUCAGAGAGCCUGAGAUUAUGAAAAGUUACGGUGUGAAGAUCGAUAUCGAAGUUCUUGAUAUGCUGGAUACGGUUUCAAGACAGAAAGAGGUGCAAGUUAUUACAAAACUGUACUGGGGAGGAGACGCAAGAGAGAAACUCCUUGAUGCAAUCGAAGAUCUGAAGUUGGACUCGUUGGUGAUGGGAAGCAGAGGACUUGGCACUGUCAAAAGGAUAAUUCUGGGAAGUGUGAGCACAUAUGUGAUGAACCAUGCUCCUUGCCCAGUGACCAUUGUCAAGGAUAAGUGAUGGUUAAUGAAGAAUACCUGAACCUGGUGUGUUCUUCUAAAAUCCUUUUUUAUGGCUGUGUCUAGAGUCAAGAGUUUAAAUUCUUACUUUUUAAAGUUUGUUUGGCAAACUCUUUAUCAUAUUUAAUGUUUUUAAAGUUUGUUAGUGUACUUGCAUUGCAUGUUAUCGCCAUCAUCGCCCUCUCUAAUAAUGCAAGACAUGGGCUGUUCUACUAUUAUUAAUGUCUGCGAGUCACUGAGAUUUAAUGUCAAAAAUUUCUAAUUUCCAUCA